UUUUUUCUCGACGCUUCGUAUUUUGCCCGAUCUUUCGAGACGUAGCAGCCUCACCGCGCAGGAUUGUCAGACCGUACACAGAUUUUGGCGGUCUUCGCUCUCUCUCUCACAAGAUCAUCUCCCUCACCCUCCAGUCGAUUCUGCGCUCGCGCUCCCCAAUAUGGGUGAUCGCGGAUACAACCCGCACCAGCACGGUGGAUACGACCGUUACGGCCCUCCUGACGGCGGCAGGGGCUACAAUUCCGACCCUUUCGACGACCGGAACGCGAUGCAGAACGCGAUGCAGUCCAGGGGAGCUGGAACACACGAGUUGGCUUCAUUCAACCGGCGACCUCCUCAACAAAACUAUGCAUCUCCUCAACAGGGCUAUGCACCGCCCGGACCGCAGCAGAGCCAACGAUCGAUCCUCAACGAAUGCAUCGAUAUCCAGCGUGGGAUUCAAGACGUCGAGAAUAGACUGAGAAGCCUCGGCCAACUCCAACGACGAGCCCUCGACGAUGCCGACACGUCUAGCGGUUCAGCAUCCAAGCGGGAGCUCGACCUAUUGACGCAAGAAAUCAUGGACCAAUACAGGGGUCUGACGGACCGCCUUCGGACCGUCAAAUCGAACCCCGAUUGUCGCCAGCGCCUGAAUGUCGACCAGGUCAACAAGACGGACCGCGACCUCAGGAGAGCCAUCCAGAAGUUCCAGGAGCUGGAGGCUGGGUCCCGCCGCGAGAUGCAGGCCCGCAUGGAGCGCGAGGCUCGCAUCGCGCACCCGGACUUCAGCGAUGACCAGAUCGCCGAGAUUGUGAGGUCCGACAACCCCCAGAUCUUCCAGCAAGCCGUUAUGGGCAAUCGUUCGGCCCAGGCCAAUCGCGUCCUCGGCGCGGUCAAACAACGCCAUCAAGAAAUGCUGCAAAUCGAGAAGAGUCUGAUGGAGCUCCUGGAUCUCCUCAACGACAUGCAGGAGCUGUUGAAUAAGCAGGAAGUGACGGUCAUGGAGAUCGACACGCACGCUGAGCAAGCCGCCGGAGAUAUGGUCAAGGCGAACGAGGAGCUCGAGGUAGCCGUCACCACGGCCAGGAAAACGCGUAAGAAGAAGUGGAUCUGCCUGGGUAUCUGCGUGACCAUUGUCGUUAUCGUCGUGGUGGCCGUAGUCGCCUAUAUCAUGAUUAACAAACAAGCGACCGGCGGCGGCGGGAAGAAGCGCAGUCUCUUGCAGCGAAGAGCUAUCGAUGAUUUACAGAUGAAUACAGCACGAGCUGUCAAAAUCUCUUCCGAGUUGAUCCCAACCCGCCAACACCGCCGUUCCCCUGAGGCAGACGUUUUCUCGAAGCGGCUAUUUAACAGGCCACGGGGCAUUGUCGUAACCCCUAACCAGGACGCUGAAGCCGCGUCGAAGAAGCGGUUUGUCAUGGACUGGCAAGCUGUCGAUCCCACCGGCUCCGACGACUGAAGCCACGGCCUUGUUGGAUUAAGUCGCCGCAUCUCUUGUGUCAAAGUUCCGCUCGUCAACAGGGAGACGCCAAGGGCAGAGACGAUGUGAUGGCGAGUACUACCUGUCCUUCGAUAUUGUUUGCGUUGGCUUGUUUUGGACACGUUGUCUUGGAUGCGACAUCGACGCCCGCGGGUUUGGGUGGAGGCCGAGAGAUUUCAUCGUUCUCCCCGGGCAUCCACCAACUGGUUUUGUAUUUGGGCUCGCUUUCGAUUCCGUCUCUACCGGUGCGUAUAAGGCAUUGUAAUAGAAUUCACAUUGUCCUUAGUUCUGCUUUUCCGAGUUCUCACUUCUGGGUCUCAAGUGGUUGUGUUCAUGGCUUGCCGGAACCUUGGCCAACACGCCGAGUUGCUAGUUGCUCCUUUCCAGCAACAUACGUGUCUCCGCA